AUGUCUGAUACUCAGCCUACGCCAUUUGCCAUUGCUGACCCCAAAUCCUAUCCUCGAACGGGAGCACUUUACGCGCCCCUACGCGUAAAGUCGCGCGCAACGCGAAAGAAGCUCCUCUCCGAGGAAUAUAUCGCGACUGCGGGCUCUCGGAAGAGGAAGGUGUCAGCUGAAGCUUCUAUCGAGGCGAGGCCCGCCGUCCAAGUAUGGCCCGAUUCAAAGCGGACUUGUGUGCGAGACGAGAACGCCAAGAACGUAGUUCCUACCCUGUUCCAAGACGCCGAGCAAUUGAAGACCCAAAGCCGUGUCGCCAAGAGCUCGAAGGCGAAGGCGAAAUCUGCCACAAGAUCAGCAAGCAACGCGCGCAUCGACGUUCUCUUUAAAAAGGCCCAGGAAGCCGCAGAAGAAAAGAACACUCAGGAACUUCCUGCUCACCUCGCAGAGCUCGCCAGUCUCCACCGCGCCUUCCUCAAGAUUAUAUCUCUACAGUUUGCUCACAAUGGUACCAACGUCCCCGUCGACGUUCGCCUUUUGUGCCCUAACAUCUCGCGCACCUGGGGCAAGCGGACUGUCACAGUGGAAGACCUUCGGAUAUGCAUCGCAAUUGAAGGUUAUAAUGCGGCAGGGAAACCUGAAUCUGUGUCUCCAUUCAUCAUCUCUAGCUAUGGGCGUAACAAGGUUUGCAUCGAGGUCGACCCCCGACUCAAUGGCGCGUCCAUCAAUACGGAUAGCUUGUGUCGACAGUUUGAGGAAAAUAUCCGUGCCCUUGGCGCUGAGCGAGCCGUGGAAGAGAUGUCAGAGUUGGACUUCAACCUUGAGAGCCUAUCUCUGGCAGAUUUACCCCAGGCACCCAUUGCCUCGCUCGGUUCUUCGACUGGCGUCAACCCCAUGUUGGCCAAGGGCCACCGUGCCCUCACAGAGCUUAAGAAUGAUAUUGCCGCCAGACAGCAGGAGAAGGCAAGCCAGGCCGCCGCCAUCCCUACGACGAACCCGGAUGGUACUAAAAUCAGCCUCCUGGAUCGAAUUCGAAUGAAGCAGCUCGCCAAGUCUCAACUCACUCUCCCGUCAGGCCCUGAGCUCCAGCGCCGCGCUGCUCUCCAGCGAGUUGAGGACAUUGCUGCCACCAUCUCUAUGUUGACUCUGGCCAACGGUAUGCCUCGUCAGGCCUUCUCUAUGCCUACUAUAUUAGAGAAGCUCAAGGACUCCUUUCGGACGCCCAUGUCAUCUGAAGAGGGAGCCACCUGUCUCCGCCUGAUGGCUACCGAAGUGACACCAGCAUGGAUCCAAAUCGUCACUAUCGGUGGCAAAGAGAACGUGGUUAUCCAGAGAGCGCUACAACCCGUUGACCGGGUGAUUAGGGAAAGAGUCGCCCAACUUUGUUCUUGA